ACUAAUCUCUCCCGACAAAUGGCCGAGGUAAAAAUUGUACCCGAGAACGAAUCAGAAAAAACGUCCAUUAACUCAAUGGCAGGACAAUUGCCCAUGUACACAGGACAAAAGGUUGACCACUAUAAAUGCAGAUAUCCAUAUUCUAUUGUUUGGACGCCAAUUCCGUGUCUCACAUGGCUGUUUCCUUUCAUUGGUCACAUGGGUAUCUGUAUGACAUCUGGAGUGAUCCGUGACUUUGCCGGCCCCUACUAUGUAUCAGAAGACUGCAUGGGAUUUGGAAACCCAACAAAAUAUUGGCAGUUAGAUCUAAGCAAAGUUAGGAACGGAAAAGACAACUGGGACAAAGCUGUUUAUGAAGCAUCAGAAGAAUAUAAAGGAAGAAUGCACAAUCUUUGCUGCGACAACUGUCAUUCACAUGUGGCCAUGGCAUUGAAUUUGAUGCGUUACAAUGGCACUUCUAACUACAACAUGGUAUAUUUGUGCUUCAUGAUGUUGAUACGUGGCAAAUAUACAAGUGUUGGCGGUUUUGUGAAAACUUGGCUUCCGUUCCUGAUCAUGGCUUCCAUCAUUCUCACAGUAGUCCUGGUGAUUCAUGUUGCUUAGCAACAGAGAGACAAUUUCCCUGAACAAGUUACUAGACUGUGAUAUUGUAGUUGUUGUAUAUGUUGUAAAUUUGUUUAUUGUUAAUAUAAUGAACCAGGUUUAACAAAAUUAUCCCUAUAUAAGAUACUGUUGAUGAAUAAAUCACAUGAUAAGAUCAUGUGACAGAUGUAGCAUCUCUCCUUCCAUUCAACAUAAAAGCUGAAGACAAAUGAUGUUACAGGUGUUAAACUGAACUUUUUGCUUGUGACACAUUAUUAAGCACAUUCUGACAUUACAGUAUCAUACAAAAAGUUUGAUGUUUGAACUCUAUAUAUCUUAAUACCUUCACAUUUAUAAUAUUAAUCAUUUUAUAUUUACAAUGUUCAAAUGAAGCAAUUUUUUUUUAAAGUUGAUGAUGUCAUUAUUCCUAUUUUGGCCUUGAUAAAGGGAUAUAGAGGGUGUAGCAAUUAGUCAGUGAUUUGUACAUUAUUCAUAAACUACUGAACAUGAAUUAAUUAGAAAUUGUGUAAAUUAUUCAGUAUCUAUUUCCACAGGGUUAUUGCAAUUAUUGAUCCUGUUAACAUAUAGACAGGAAUAUUUAAAAUUGACCAUAUGUAUGAGAUUAUUAAAUACGAAAUAAAAAAAUUCUGGCAGUGACCUGUUUAUUAAGAAAUUCUGGUUUGAUCAAAGAUGUUUGUAUGAUGACUUCUGACUGUUAUUAUAUUAAACAGAGUUUGAUAGUUAUAGAUAAGUAGUUGGUAACUUAUAUAUUGUUAUGAUAAAGUGUUAAAUGCCAUAUAUGGUUGGCCCUGUAUGGGGGAACCAGGUUUAGAGUUUUGUCUUUGACACUAUUGUAUCCAUGUAUUUUUUUUCAUUCAUUGAUUUGAACUUUUCACUAUUUUUCCUUUGCUUUAAUAAAUCAUGAGGCAAAUUGACAAAUUCAUCUGUUAGACUACAACUGAGAAAUUGUUACAAAUGUCAUUAUUUUCUACAAUGUUUUCAUAUAAUAUACAUAAAUGACUAUGAAAAUAAUUAUGUAAUAGUUUGUGAAAUAAUUAGUUUUGCUGGACAGAUUUUCAUCAGUAUGAAAUCAAACACAUCAAAAUCCCGGAUAUCACCUCUACACCUCUAAUUUUAUAGCUCAGCACAAGAAAAAGAUAGAAGGGAGAUAACUCAUGCUGUCUUAUAUCUUAUUCCGUGACAAAAACGUAAUUUUGAGUUUAAGUUUAUUCUGACAAAAGAGAAAAGAUUUCACAUAGAAUGAUACCGGGUAAAUCUGUGUAUCUCUGAAAGAUUAUUGUCUCUUGAUGGGUUUUCACUUUAGUUUGCUAAUUGCCUAAGUUACUAAUGAUAAAUUUAUUUUUCUCUGAGAUCUGAACAUUUUUUUGGUGUCAUGCUUAAUAAAUAACUGUAAAUCAGUUAGGUUUCUCAUUGGGUUUAUUUUUGCCUUAAAAUAUGGGAAGGGUCGAUCACAAAUUCAAAUACCUCAUGAUUAUUUGUAGUGAAUUAAUUGUGGAAGGCAUUCAUGUUACCGAUAUUAGAGUGUUGUAGAAUCCAGGUCUGUACUAGCUUAUUAGUCAGGAAUUAAAAGUCAAUUUUAGAUAUGUGAUUUAUGGUAUUUCAAAUAAAGAUCACCAUGAUAAUAGAUAUCUUACAAAUUAAAUGUGAAAAAUCUCUACAAUAUGUUGAUAGAUAAGCUAAUUUUUGAGUUGUGUACACUUACUUGUGUACAUAUUAAAAAAUCAGUAUAGAUUAUAUAUACAUGUUCUAGAUUGUUAUAUUUGUACGCAUGUGAAAAUCAGUUUUUGGGGGUGGGAAAUUUGAUUCAUUUAUAAAAAUCAUUUUAAUAAUCAGUGUUAAUUAAGCAUCAGUGUUUGUAAUCUGACUUAAAGAUAUAUGCUGCCGUUCACAUUUGCUACAUUUAUAGCAUGUACAUGUGUUCGAGUGUCUACAGUUAUCUCCCUUUACUAAAGUUCUUAGUACCUUUCAUACAUGUCAUUCUUUCAAUACCAAUUACUUAAGAUAAAUGCCAUUUAACUUUAUUUUACAACUUAUUAUUUUUCAAGUGGUUUAUCCAUGUUCAUGUUCUAAAAUUAGGUUCUCAAAAUUUAUGUGAUAUCAAAAUAUCCUUUCAAUUUACUAGGUCUUUAGUCUAAAAGAUGAUGUGGUAGUACAAUUCAGCCAACAGAUAUGGUGAACCUAAAGUAUGUGGUUAUAUUUUCUGAUAGAGAGUCAGUAUAAGAAAGCUGGAACUUCUCUAGAUUCGUCUGCUUGGUACUUGUAGUGAAUUACAGCACAGAUUCCAGUGGCAAUGUUUGAUGCCUUGACAUCAGACUUAGUAGAUCAUGGUCAGUGUACGGGUAGUAUUGUCUAAACUCCGAAGGACCGUGUUGGUUAGAUUAUGGUGAAGCUUUCUAAUCUACAAAAGGAAUGUUUUUUUCUAUUAGAGUCAUGAAACAGACUCUGGAAGUCGUGAAGCAGACGUAAGUUUUCUUCGUCAAUAAUACUGUAUUUUCAAGGUAUCAAUUUUUCCAUUUUCUGAAAUAGCAAAAAUUGAACCACUUAAAAGUAACAAAGUUUACAGUAUACAAACCUGUGAGACAGGGAUAUCCAUGAAGUUAUUAAAAUCAAACUGAGUUUGUGUUAUUUUGACCUCUGACAUUGCUAGUUGAUCUAACAGACAGAACUGGUGUCCCAGUGAAAUCCAUUUAUUUAAAAUCAUAAUGUUAUCAUUAAAAACACUAAGCAUUACAUGCCUUGUAUGAUAAGUAUUUAUAUCAUAUUAUAUAUUAUUGUGUGUUUUUACUGGCAAUUUCAUGAAAUAAAUAAUCAUUUUAUCAGAAA